CUGGUGGUUCAUUAAAAUCAAAUCAUACAUCUGAUUGGCAUCAUGAUAUUUUCGCCCGACACAAUUAACCGAUAAAAAAAAUCGUCAGUUAACGGCAGCCCAAUACAGAUAAAGAUAUUGGAAUAUGCAAGAGGGUUAGAUAACAGAAGGAACUCAGGGGUCGACAACGAUAAACCAUUUGAUGGUAUUAACCAGUGCGAUGAGUGAGGUUUAACGCGACAGUUCCUAUCGUUACUGUCAUUUUAAAUUGUCGGUUUGUUUCAACGGUCUCUUCUCACAAUAAAAAAAAUAGCUCUUGUUCAUCAGACUCUACAUUCUACUGAACAAUUCCAUCUCCAAAUGUUAGGAACUCUUUUCAUAAAUCGCUUCAUCCGGUGAACGGACAUGUGCAACGGAAAAUAGUUUUUGACCUUUUGUAUUGUGAUAAUAUUAUAAGAAUAACUUUCUAUUUGGUAUUAUGGAUAAUUACAAAAAGUGUUGUGAUACUUAUGGGACGGAGAAGAUUGACAUGGACAAUCCCGUACAUUUGAAUGGUUCAAGAUCAUCUAGGGUGGAUUUAUCAGCAACAGAGCUUGGGGAGGUGAGGAUGGCAUCGCCAACACCAGCAGCAUCAUCAUCGAAAAAUGUUGCUCCAGGCCCCUGCAGUAAUGGACCUUGCAAAACAUCAAUGUCUCUUCACAACAAACCUGAGAGCCCUUGGCACUCGUUGAAGACUGUCUUCUUGGUGUCAUUCAUCAUCGCACUCAUCAUCUGGAUCAUUGUCUACACCCUGUUGUCCCAGUAUGAAUUACUGUGAUGAUUCGUCACUGGGGGAGCAAAGAAUUUUGUGAUGAGGAAGUGGACUGCGAGUGUGAUACGUGUGGAAACUGUUUUGAUCGUUUGGUCGCUUUGAUCUAGUCUCGUGCUUAAAGUUGAGAAUUAGAUUAUGAUUUUCGAUGAGAAUCUGGAUAGUGAGGGCUAAUUGUUACACUAAACUCUAGAGGUAUUUAUUUUUUUUAUCAAUUCUUUGUAUCAGUUUCAAUUAGAGAUUUCCAAUGUAAUCAUUAUUAGUAGUUGAAAUGAAGAUUCUGUAAAAUUUUGCAAGUGGGAUAAUUUCGCAUACAUGAAGGGAAUCAUU